UUUUCAAUUACAAAACAACCCUUCCUUCAGCAGCUCUCUCAAUCUCUUUUAUACAAUUGGGAUUUUGAAGAGGGAUAGGCAUCACCUUCUCAGAAAUUGCUUAAGGAGGCUGCUGAGCACUUCACAGUUCGCAACUCGCACUCCUUUCCCUAUCUCUCCUCCCUCCGCCGGAAUACAUGGAUACGAAGGUGAUCUCCACCGGAAUCCGGUACUCGACCUUGCCGGAGAGUUACGUCCGGCCGGAGUCGGAGCGACCGAAUCUCUCCGCAGUCGAAGACUGCGUAGAUGUUCCAAUCAUUGACCUAGGAUCUGGCGACAGGGAGGCCAUAGUCCAGCAAAUAGGAUACGCCUGUAGUCUAUUUGGUUUUUUCCAGGUGAUAAAUCACGGCAUCCCGGCGGAGGCGACGGAGCAGAUUCUAGACGUGGCGAACGAGUUCUUCAGUUUGCCGGUGGAGGAGAAGAUGAAGCUCUACUCUGACGAUCCUUCCAAGACCAUGAGGCUCUCCACCAGCUUCAAUGUGAAGAAGGAAACGGUUCACAAUUGGAGAGAUUAUCUCAGACUCCAUUGCUAUCCUCUCGACAAGUAUGUGCCCGAAUGGCCUUCCAAUCCCCCUUCCUUCAAGGAGACAGUGGGUAGUUACUGCAUGCAAGUUCGAGAACUGGCAUUCAGAUUGCAGGAACUAAUAUCGGAGAGCUUAGGGCUGCAGAAAGAUCACAUAAAGAAGGCGCUGGGCGAGCAAGGCCAGCACAUGGCCGUCAACUACUAUCCGCCCUGCCCUCAACCAGAGCUCACCUAUGGAUUGCCCGGCCAUACGGACCCCAACGCCCUCACCAUUCUUCUUCAGGACCUUCACGUUGCAGGCCUUCAAGUCCUCAAGGAUGGCAAGUGGAUGGGCGUCAAGCCCCAUCCUAAUGCCUUCGUCGUCAACAUCGGCGACCAAUUGCAGGCUCUGAGCAAUGGGAGAUAUAAGAGCGUAUGGCACCGGGCCAUAGUGAACACAGACAAACCGAGGAUGUCGGUGGCCUCCUUCCUUUGCCCAAGCGACGACGCCUUGAUCAGUCCGCCAAAGGAGCUCACCGAGGACGGGUCGGGAGCCGUAUACAGAGACUUUACAUACGCAGAGUACUACAAGAAGUUUUGGAGCAGGAAUCUCGAUCAAGAACACUGCCUGGAGCUGUUCAAGAACUCUCGGUCGCAGCAGCAUCAACCCCCAUGACCCGAGGCUACCGUGAUAGAGAACCCUUAAUUGUGAUCUCGACCGAUGUUAGUUGGUUAUAUCUGCGUUAAGCACCGUAUUCAUAACAUUUGUGGCAUUGGACAAAACUUAUUUUAUGCUUAGUUUGGCUAGGCGUUUAUUUUUGUAGCAUUAAAUAGGGUAGUGUUUAAGCUAGUUAUAGCAUUUAAAUUAUGUAACGUUUAAGUUAAUAAUGUAUUUGAAAAAUUUAUUUUUAAAUUAUAAGUUAAUAGUUA